AAGUUGCCUAUAUAUAAGGCUCGUUCACCACAGAUUGGGAUGCGCCGACACUUCAUUGACCUCUUGACUGUCAUCAGCAACCAUUUCGAUCUCUGCCUUACGGCUCGGCAUCUCGCUAUCUAUUUAUUGGACCUCUUAAUGGAUCACUACGAUAUGACUGUCGAGCAACUGCACGUCAUUUCAUUUGUCUGUCUUCUCCUAGCAAGUAAAUUUGAAGAAAAAGAAGAUAAAGUCCCAAAGUUGGAGCACUUAAAUAACCUGGCAUAUAUGUGCAAUGUGAAUGUGGUAUUAAACAAGAGAGAUUUGUUUACAAUGGAAACGCUGCUUUUGAAAAGCUUCGACUGGAACAUCUGUCUACCAACACCAGCACACUACAUUGACUACUACCUCUAUGCAUCCAUUGGCGAGUAUGACCUUCACAAUGGCUGGCCCAUCACCUCACUGACCAAAAUCAAAGCUCUUCUGGAGAAAUAUGUGUAUUAUUUCCUUGAUCUCUCAAUGCAAGAUCACAGUUUCCUCCAUUUUCGUCCCUCUCUGAUUGCUGCAGCUUGUGUGUGCACCUCACGUAUGUGUAUGCAGAUUUCUCCUGCCUGGACAAUGCAGCUUGAAUUGCUAACAUGUUAUUCCUGGGAACAUCUUGCUCAAUGCAUUGAAAUGAUGCUCAUAUAUUAUGAGAAUGACCUCAAAGAAGCCAGUAACAUCAAACAAGCAACAAUUCAACAUCACGAACAGGAAGCAGUGGGAAAUCUGAGCUAUCAAGCCACUACUCAAGUUCUCUUCCAGCAAUCUAGUUAUUACCCUUUAGCCUGGCAUUCUGCUACAGUUUCCCAGUUCCAGUCACCAAUGCAAGAUUUGUGCUCUGCUUAUCGUGACUCCUUACAGGCCCACAGGCCGAGCAGUCUGCUUGCUGCGGGUGCUGACAGCUCACUGCACUCCUACGCAGCUCUUCAGGCCAGCCUUCAACCAUCUGCCCAGACUCUGCCCAUCCAAGCGCCCGUUGCUGUGCAGGUGGCCUUAGGAACAGAGCCCAGACACUGCAUUUCCACAGCUUAUGGCAGUAGUUACUUCAGUGGUCAUCACUCAUAUGCAGCUGGGUGUUUUGAUGGAUAA